AUGGAGCGGCGCGGCGCCGCGGCGGGGGGGGCUCCCGGCCAAUGGCGGCGCGGAGGGGGCCGCCCGGCAGCCAAUGGGCGGGCGCGCGGGGGGCGGCGCGGCUACAUGUUGCGGUGUCGCCAACGUGGGUCCGCGGCGAGCGGCGCUCGGGCCGGGCGGCAGCGGCGGCGGCUCCGAGCCCGCGGGAGCGCACCGGGACCGGCCGGCGCCCGCCGAGCCCGAACCGUGCGGCGCAGAGCGGCAGGAGGAGCAGCAGCGGCAGGAGGCGCUUCCCGCGGCGGGGACGCGGACUCGACUCGCCCGGCUUUGCCCGGUGGAUGCCGGUGCCGUAGCGCCCCGCGGGGCCGGCGGCCGAGGCGAUGCUGCGGGCGGCGGAGCGGCGCUGAGCGCCCGCGGCGUGAGCGCUCCUGCCGCCUCCUCCCGCCGCGGACGUUCCCCGGUGCCGGAUACAAAAUGGCGCUGCCGUCACGGGCGGCGGCGGCGCUGCUGCUGCUGGGGCUGCUGCGCUCGGCCGCCGGCGGCUGCCCCGCGGGCUGCGCCUGCGGCGGGGACACGCUGAGCUGCGGCGGGCUGGCACUGCCCGCCCUGCCCCGGGACCUGCCCCGCUGGCCGCGGCACGUAAACCUGAGCUACAACAAGUUGGCAGAGAUUGAUCCUUCUGUCUUUGCAGAGCUGUCGAACCUGCAGGAAGUGAGGCUGGACCACAACGAGCUGAGUGCCAUUCCCUCGCUGGGAUCUGCUGCUUCCAGUGUCCGCUCCCUCCACCUGCAUCACAACAGGAUCCGCAGCGUUGAGGGCAGUCAGCUGCAGCCCUACGUUGCCCUGGAAACGUUGGACCUGAGCUUCAAUGACAUCACGGAAAUCCGAAACGGCUGCUUUCCACAGGGACUGCACAUAAAGGAGCUCUACCUGGGGAGCAACAGAAUCAGCACCCUGGAGCCUGGUGCUUUUGACAGCCUGUCCCGGUCCCUGCUGACACUCCGUCUGAGCAAAAACAGGAUCACUCAGCUUCCUGUCAAGGCCUUCAGGCUGCCCAGGCUGAUACAGCUGGAGCUGAACCGGAAUCGCAUCCGCCUGAUUGAGGGCCUGACGUUCCAGGGGCUGGACAGCCUGGAAGUCCUGAAACUGCAGCGCAACAACAUCAGCAAACUGACUGAUGGGGCUUUCUGGGGUCUGGCCAAAAUGCAAGUUCUCCACCUGGAGUACAACAGCCUGACAGAAGUGAACAGUGGCUCUCUCUAUGGCCUUUCCUCUCUGCACCAGCUUCACCUCAGCAACAACUCCAUAUCCCGCAUCAACCCCGAUGGCUGGAGCUUCUGCCAGAAGCUGCAUGAGCUGAUACUCUCCUACAACAACCUGACAAGGCUGGACGAGGGAAGCCUGGCAGACCUUGGGGGACUGCACGUGCUGCGGCUGAGCCACAAUUCCAUCAAUCACAUUGCAGAAGGGGCUUUCAGGGGACUCAAAAACCUCCGUGUCCUGGAACUGGACCACAACGACAUCUCGGGCACAAUAGAAGAUACCAAUGGAGCCUUUACAGGCCUGGAAAACCUGAGCAAGCUAACUCUGUUUGGAAACAAGAUCAAGUCGGUGGCCAAGAAAGCGUUCUCAGGGUUGGAGGCUCUGGAGCACCUGAACCUCGGGGCCAACGCCAUCCGCUCCAUCCAAGCCGAUGCCUUUGCCAGGAUGAGGAGCCUGCGGCAGCUCCACAUUAACAGUGACAGCUUCCUCUGUGACUGCCAGCUGAAGUGGCUGCCCCAGUGGUUGGUGGAGAAGGAGCUGCAGUCCUUUGUGGUGGCCACCUGUGCCCAUCCUGAGUCACUGAAAAGCAAGAGCAUUUUUGCCAUCCAGCCAGAGAGUUUUGUGUGUGAUGAUUUCCCCAAGCCACAGAUCAUCAUCCAGCCCGAGACGACGGUGGCUGUCCUCGGCAAGGACAUCCGCUUCACCUGCCUGGCGGCCAGCAGCAGCAGCUCCCCCAUGGUGUUUGCCUGGAAGAAGGACAACGAGAUGCUGCACAACGCCGAGAUCGAGAACUUCGCGCACGUGCGGGCCAAGGACGGGGAGGUGAUGGAGUGCACCACCAUCCUGCACCUGCGGCACGUCACCUUCGCGCACGAGGGCCGCUACCAGUGCGUCAUCACCAACCACUUCGGCUCCACCUACUCCAACAAGGCCCGGCUCACCGUCAAUGUGCUGCCAUCAUUUAUCAAAACCCCCCACGACAUCACGAGCCGGACGGGGACGACGGCGCGGCUGGAGUGCGCGGCCGAGGGCCACCCGCCGCCGCAGAUCGCCUGGCAGAAGGACGGCGGCACCGACUUCCCCGCGGCCCGCGAGCGCCGCAUGCACGUCAUGCCCGACGACGACGUCUUCUUCAUCACCGACGUCAAGGUCGAGGACAUGGGGGUCUACAGCUGCACGGCUCAGAACUCUGCGGGCUCCGUGCUCGCCAACGCCACCCUCACCGUGCUGGAGACGCCAUCUUUGGUCCAUCCGUUGGAAGAUCACGUGGUGUCCGUCGGUGAGACCGUGGCUCUCCAGUGCAAAGCCACGGGGAGCCCCCCGCCCCGCAUCACCUGGCUGAAAGGCGACCAGCCCCUGGUGGUGACAGAGAGGCACCACUUCACCUCGGGCAACCAGCUGCUGAUCGUCAGGAACGUGGUGCUGGAGGACGCGGGGAAGUACACGUGUGAGAUGUCCAACACGCUGGGCACGGAGCGCGCGCACAGCCACGUCAGCAUCCUGCAGUCGCUGGGCUGCCGCAAGGACCGCACCACCGUGGGCAUCAUCACCAUCGCCGUGGUCUGCAGCAUCGUGCUCACCUCCCUCGUCUGGGUCUGCAUCAUCUACCAGACCAGGAAGAAGAGUGAAGAGUACAGUGUCACCAACACAGAUGAGACUAUUGUGCCUCCUGAUGUGCCAAGCUACUUGUCCUCCCAAGGAACUCUCUCGGAGCGCCAGGAAGUGGCCAUUGGAGUGGACACCCAGCAGCCCAAUGGGCACAUUGACAGCAAUGGGAUGUGUCAGGCUGAUGCUGGAAGGUGUCCAGAUGUUGAAGCUCCUGCUGUAGGUUGUAGACAGCCCAAGCUGUGUAUCAGCUAUAAUAAAGACACUUGGAAAACUGAGGACGUGGCCGAUGGAAUGCUCGUUCCAGAUAAGACAGGCUACGGGCUGCCCGUGGUGUGCACGGAGUGCAGCGGCAGCACGGACAGCGGCACCGUCCGCUCCUACCCCAAGGACUGCCCGAGCCUAAAGACUGUGGAGAGCACCCACCCCAAUGCACUGAGCAGCAGGGAGCACCAGAGGAAGAGGAGUGCGGGCACCGGCCUUCUUCAUGCUCAGCCCUGCAACGGGAUUGCCAGUGGCAAGAGGAUGGAAACAGACGGGACCCUGUACCCCAGCAACCACGACAGGAUAAGGCCGGAGGGCACGGCCGGCGCGCUGCUCGCCGACGCGCACGGCUCUUCACAAGCAGCAGCAAAGCCUUCAGAGCUUAACAACCUUAAUUUGGUGAGAGCUUCUCCCGCAGGAGGGUCAUUAAAGCAACUGAACGUGCUUCCUGAAAUAUCCCCAGCACUACUGGAUCUGCAGAGGGAAGCAGAUGUGGAGCAGGCUCUCCUGGCCAGCAGCACCACAGCCCAGCCCCACGACUCCACUCACGAGCCCAAGCUGCCCAACAGGUCUCUGGACUGAGAGCACAGACUGACUGCCAUGUGCAAAUUAACAAACACACUAUUACUUUUUUUAAAGUUUUUUUGUUUUUUUUUUUUUUUUUUUUUUUUUUUUUUUUUGGUUUUUUUUUUUUUUGCACAGAGUAUAUAGGCUACUUACUUCUACCUCGAAUCUUGAACUGAUGGCCUGACAAAGGCAACCAACUGAGGUAUGAGAAACAAGCUUGUAUGGGGAACAAACUCCUGUUCGAGCGUCACCUGAUUGUACAUAAUUUAAAACUUCCCUGAGAAGUAUGAAGUGUUCAAAAGUCAACUUGCAUAUGAAGCACAUAAAUGCAAGGGAUUAUUGUGUAAAGAGAAAAGUAUUUGAUACAACUGUACAUAAGAGUUUUCAUAUAUAAAUAUAUAUAUAAAAAUAUAUAUAUAUCUUUUACAGAGGCUAUUUUAAUCUUUAGUGCAUGGAAAACUGAGUGAAAUUUUACAAUUUUGGCAAUAUUGUUUUCAGUAUCAGGUUGCUGUUAAACUUUGUGAGAGAAAUAAUUCUGGUGCCUUAAAUGCAUAAACAGAACUUUUAAAAGCCAGACUGUUCCAAAGGGAUCGUCCUCUUUUCAGUGGAAGUUCCUUUACACCAUGUACUGUGGGGUUGGGGCAAUCCCAGGUACUGGUUGAGUGGGAAAGUGACCAGGAACAGCCCUGUGGAGAGGGAUUUGGGGGUGUUGGUGGAUCAGAGGCUGGACGUGCCCUGGCCAUGUGUGCUCACAGCCCAGACAUCCAACCAUGUCCUGGCCUGCAUCUAGAACAUUGUGGGCAGCAGAUUCUGCUCCUCUGCUCCACUCAGGUGAGGCCCCACCUGGGGUUCUGCACACAGUUCUGGUGCUCUCAAUGUAAGGAGUAAUGAGUUCAAACUGAAAAAGGGGAAAUUUAGGUUAGAUGCAGAAGAAAUUGAAAUUCUUCCCUGUGAGGGUGGUGAGGCACUGGUACAGGUUGCCAGAGAAACUGUGGAUGUCCCAUCCCUGUAGGUGUUCAGGCUGGAUGGACCUCUGAGCAAUGUGAACUAAUGAAAGCUCUCCCUGCCCAUGGCAGGGGGUUGGAACAGGAUCAUCUUUAAGGUCAUUCUUCCCCUGUACUCAGCACUGGUGAGGCCACACCUGGAGAGCUGUGUCGAGUUCUGGCCCCUCAGCUUGGG